CUCCCACCCCCACCGCGUGACUCUGGCUGAAGGCGGGCGGGGGGCCGCCAUCUUGGCGCCUCGCGCGGUUCUCCUUCGGGCCCAGAAGGAAGGAGCGGGUUUGGGGGCAGCGGGGCCUCCGUGGGGUGGGGGGCGCCGGGAGGAGUCUGUGGGGCAGGAGAGGGUCCUCAGCAGGGGUCAUAGGGCAGGGUAACGGGUCCCAGGAACCCUUGGGGUCUCCUGUGGGGCUGAGGUAGGAUGUGCGGCCUGACCCGUGCCCCACAGAGGGCCCCUGCGGGCCGUGGAACCGCAGCGUGCCGUCCGUCCCCCCCCACGGCCUGGGGGCAGGGCUGCGUGUCAGGGCGGCCGUCCCCAUCCAGGCUCUUUGUGCUGGGAUUGUUCUGGCUCUUUCGGGGCGGCCUCGGGGCUGUGCUGAGCCAGGCCCUGGGCAGCGACCCGCUGACUCACGCCAUGUGUGGGGCUGCUGAGCUGGCAGGGACGUGGGGCCCGGCCCCCCCCCCCCCCCACUGCAGCAGGGCUGGGGGCAGCUCCAAUUCCACGGCCCCUCCUGUCCUCUCCUGCUGCCUGCAGAACUGGGCAUCCCUGGCACUGCAGCAUGAGCAGGGCUGGCCUCAUCUGCUGCCCCCCCCCCCCUUUCAUCUCUGCAUUCCCUCCUUUCAUCUCUGCCUUUCAUCUCCCACCUGAGCACCUCGUGUUGGUUGUCGUGGCAACACCCCAAAGUGCCCCUGCUUGUUGCCAUGGCACCCACAGCAUCCUGGGGUGCCCGAGCCCAAUUUCAAGCCCCUGCAGCUCCUGCCACGGCUGUGCCCUGCUGGCAGACCCCUCGUGUGUUUUGGGGAUGCCCUGGGUGCAGGCACCCUCCCCAAAUCGAGGAGGGUUGGCAGGACCAGGGGCUGGGAGGCGCCCCUGCCACAGGCAUCCUCUGUGCUUGCCUUGGUCCUGCAGCUGCACCAUGGCCAUAGGGGAGGAGCUGCACAGCGGGCGCUUCUGGCGGGAGGUGUUGGCCGAGGCUGUGGCAACGCUCAUCUUUACUGGGGUGGUCCUGGGAGCCUCAGCUGCCCCCAGCCCCCUGGUGCCAGCCCUGGCCGGGGGGCUGGCGGCUGCGACACUGAGCUGCACCCUCGGAGCGCCCCAGACCAACCCAGCGCUCACCCUGGCGCUGCUCUGCACCCACAAACUGGGUGCCCUGCGUGGGGCUGCAGCGCUGCUGGCGCAAUGUGCCGGGGCUGUGCUGGCUGCCACGGCUGCACGCCUGGCGCUGCCGGAUGACAGCGCAAUGGUCAGCAGGGUGAGCCUCCCCGUCCCGGUGCCCCUCCCGGUGCCGGUGGGUGCUGAGGCUCUGCUGUGCCCGCAGGUGAGUGCGGCAGGGACAGCGGGGCAGGCGUUGUGCUGGGAGACCUUUGCCACCUUCCAGCUGGCGCUCACCGUCUUUGCCUCCACCGACCACGCGGCUGCCCCCACCGGGCUGGCCCUGGGCUGUGCCAUCGUUGCUGGAGCUCUGGCUGCGGGGCCGUUCUCGGGGGGCAGCAUGAACCCGGCCCGCUCACUGGGGCCUGCCGUCGUCACCGGCAUCUGGGACAAUCACUGGGUGAGUCACAGAACUGCUGGUUCCCCCAGAAAACCCACUGUGGGGAUGGGCUCCCGUCCCAUCCUCCCCCAGGACAGCAGUCCCUGCCCCCCCCUUCAGUCACUCCCCCUGAGUCACCCUCACGGCAUCCCCAGAUGGGCUCCUCCCGGUCCCCCAUCACAGCACAGGUCCCCCCCCCCCCCAUCCUUUGGCCCUCCUGCUCCAUCCCAAACGUGGUUCCCUCCUCACCCCUGGAGCAGCUCCCCCUGGUCAGUCUCCAUCCCUCUUGUGGGCCCCGCAUCCCCUGGCAGCCCCUGACCCCUGUGCCACCCUGGGUAUCCCUGCUCCUACUGCUCCCACUGACCUCCCCCAGGUGUACUGGCUGGGACCGGUGCUGGGUGCCGUGCUGGCUGGGCUCUGCUACGAGUUCAUCUUCAGCCCUGGUGCCUCCCGGGAGAAGCUGUGUGCCUGCCUCACCUGCCGGGAC